UGCGUUCGAGUCACGCAGCUGUCAAAGAUAGCUGUCACCCAGUUUCAUGAUCAAACACACAUUGAAUGAGAAAGGCUUCGCUAAGUCGAGCAGCGGACUUCAGGUGGCCUACCCCUGGCAUAAGUAGCCCAUUGCGCCUCAAACAAUUGAAGAAGCCGAGGAACGGUUCUAUGACUUGAUUUAUUUUCAAUGAACAAAGCCGUUUAACCAUUUGGAGUAUAGGUGUGGAAUAUCCCGAGAAAAAGGAUCUGCCAAUUAAACGAAUACAAUUUGAGAAGAAGAAGGAAACAAAUUACUGCGCUCCUCUCGUGACCAACGUGAAAAGGGGAUUUCUAACGGAUAUGAAGACAAAAAAGGCUUGCUUCUGACACAUCAGCUGCCUCCGCAAGAGAGCUAGCUUUUGGCACUGGGCUGUUGGAAGGUGGGUGGCUGACAGACCAGACCAGACAGACAUACAGACAAGGGCAUGAUGACGUUGUCGGCCAGUGAGACGGACGAGGAGGACAGCAUGGACGCCCCCCUGGACCUGUCAUCCAGUACGGGAGGGAGCAGUGGGAAAAGGAAGCGGCGCGGGAACCUACCCAAGGAGUCAGUGCAGAUCCUCAGGGACUGGCUAUAUGAGCAUCGCUACAAUGCCUACCCCUCUGAACAGGAGAAAUCCCUGCUCUCCAAGCAGACGCAGCUCUCCACACUACAGGUUUGCAACUGGUUCAUCAACGCACGUCGGCGGCUCCUCCCGGAGAUGCUGCGUAAAGACGGUAAAGACCCUAACCGGUUCACCUUCUCCCGGAAAGGCAGCAAGGGAGGCGACGGGGGCUUCUCUGAUUCCAGCUCUCAGUCACCAAAGCACGCCACGGGCCCCGAGGACAGCUACGACCAGCGGGCGCUGCACCCCUCCAGCUUCGAGGCAGGUCUCCCCAGCCCCGGCAUCCUGCUGAAGGCCAUAUCGUCCCCUAAGAUGUCCCCCUCCUCCUCCCUGGGGCCCGACACCACCGUGGCUCCCCGGCCCUCUGUCAUCUGUCACACCACUGUUACCACCAUGGCCAUGCAGAAACAGGGCUCGAGCCACCCCUCCUACCUCUCCUGCUUCCUCUCCAGCAUUAACACAGAUGGCAGUAGGGCCGCAGAGCUGCUGCAUUCCACCACAGAGGCUCUGGGGCUCUUCAGAUGCCGAGAGGAAGGGUUGGGCCUGGGCGCCCCGCCAGUGACCACCACCCACACCACCAUGGAGUGUAACCUAAGCCCCCAGAGUGGGCUCUUCAACACCCCUCCCCCCACCCCCCCAGACAUCACACAGGACUUCAGUGGCUUCCAGCUCCUAGUGGAUGUGGCCCUCAAGCGGGCGGCAGAGAUGGAGCUGCAGGCUAAACAACUGGUGUCUUAAAGGGGAGGGAAAGAGAGAUGACAACCCAGUUGUUGUUGUCUCUAAAUGAACUCCUCACAUGAGUUCAGUGACUGUGCAACAAAGAACAAACACAACUCAACAAGCCUGAUAACUUAUAUUUUUGGUAUACAUUGGUGUACAAAACUAUAUCAAGGUGCCUUGGCUGUUAGUUCUUUUUUUAUUUUGUCAUAUGCGUGUAUGUAUGUAUCUAUGUGCAUCUUUUUUGCACACAGGACCAAAAAGAUUUACGGACAAAAAAAGCGCUGCCUGUCUUAAAACAUUUCCUAUGUAUUUUACUAGAGCAAGGCAUGAGGGCAUACAAGUGUUCUGCAGGUGAGGGAGGGUGGUUCUCCUCUCCUCCAUUAUGGGGUAUGUAGUUUCACAAACCUAUCCCCCAUGGGAUAUGUAGUUUCCAGAUGUGUUUUACAUUUCAGAGAUCAGUUUGCGAUGGUUUCCACUCGGCCUUUCGCACAAUAGGGCCGAGUUAGGGUCCCCAUCUCUCAUCUCAGUGUCUUAAAACAUACUUUGCUCUUGGGAUCUAUGAUGAACUUUAUCACUACUGUAGAAAGGGUUCUGUGUUUUUUUUUUUUCAUAAGAGUAUAGUUUUUGUUUUCUUUUGACUUUUUGUUUUUAUACCUUUUUGAUAUUUUAUAAGAAAGUAAACCUCUCGUCUUUGUUUUGAUUAAGCGUUUUCCUAUACGAAGGGAUCAUUCAGAUGAACAAUGUAGCAAGUUCCUAGUCUGAGCCUUCUUCCCCUCCUCACAUAGUGUCUGCAGCCAAAUUGGCACCCUAUUCCCUAUAUAGUGCUCAAAAGUAGUGUACUAUAUAGGGAAUAGGGUGCCAAUUUGGGACACAAACCUGUGUAGCGAUGGCCAGUUAACUGGAAGAACAACACUAAAUAAGAUGUUUUUCAUUUGUGAAGUCACCAGCAUCGGAAAAAAAUAUAGCAUUUUCUAAAUCACCAAAAAGCAUUUUUAUGUACAAAAAAAGGACCAUGUUUGUGUACAGCGAUUGUGACAUGACGCCCAAUGAUGUGAUUUCCUUUCAUACUGUGCAAUGUUUGUGGCAAAUAAGGGGUCACAUAUGGGAUUUAAAUAAAUAGUUGUUUUCUA